AUGAAGGGCAGGAACAUUCUAGUGGUUCUGUCUUGCCUUCUUUCCUGGGUGGUUUGCGAGGCAGAGGUGGUGGAAAGCUCAGCGACGUUAGAGAUUGAUCAAGAUAUCGAGCUCCCAAAGGAUAAAGGCAGGUCGGCUGGAACGUAUGAGGAGAGCUGCGUCGUGAGUGGGCCAUACAGCUCGGCGACAGAAAGCUCUUUAGUCGACGAUGUUCUGCCUAGAGAAGACAGAGUUGCUCAGACGGAGGAAAUGAAGCCUACUUCGAUUGUUGUGGAAGGUAGAGUAUCGUACCCAUACGAAGAAGAUCUCGUCAUUACGCCCUUGGCAAACAAUUAUCUGUUGAGCUCUUUCACCUUUAACAUGCAGUCUGAAGACUUUAGCCCGGGAAAGUCUGCGUUGGACUACGACGAGUAUGGACAUUACACGGUUUUUCCCAAGGCCUUCAAACCCAUUAUGGAUCUUACAAGCACAAGACAGCUUCAUCUGAGGUUUACGAGGGGAUUCUGGGAUGCUGAAUCCUGGGGCCGUCUGCCUCACGAUGGUUUUAGAUCCGGCGGUUCGGGAGUCGAGCUGUGGGCAGCUAUAGAAGCAGACACGAAGGAUGAAGCCUACCGUCAAUGGAAAACGUUGGCUAAUUCGUUAAGCGGGUUGUUUUGUGCCUCGAUCAAUUUCAUAGACCGCUCAAAGACCACUUUCCCUGUCAAGUCUUUCCAACCAGAUGGUUCAUUACCUUUAUUCAACAGCACAAAACGGCUGCAUCUGGUACGGGCUGCCUUAGCUAACGAGCCAGUGUGUACGGAGAAUUUGACCCCGUUUGUCAAGUUGUUCCCGACAAAGGGUAAAUCAGGGCUCUCUAGUUUGUUAGACGGACAUAAAGUGUUCGACUCAUCGUGGCAUAGUCUUUCAAUUGAUGUCACGACGGAGUGCGAUGAUGCAAGCGACCACUGCAGAUACGCUUUAGAGGCCCAUGUUGAUGUGGUUAUCAAUGUCCUAGACGUUUUAGCUCGAUAUGAAAGGCCAAUUCCAAGACCAGCCGCUAGUGACAGUCUUCGCUGUGAUACUUCAAAACCUUUCGAUGCUUUCCAAUGCUUCCCUCUUUCAGACGAGACUGAAGUUUCUUUCAACCUGUCCAAAAUAUUCGGUAAACCCAUAAUGGGCUCCAACCUGAUAUCCAGUAGACCGUCCCGCGUCUGCGUCGAUAUCGCAAACGACUGGAACGCCUACAUAGAAGUUGAUGGCGUCUUCUAUUCAACCGACGACAACUGUUUUGAUCUCAAGGAUUUGGUCAAGCAGAAUGUUUACAUAGAGUCUGCAAAUUCUCUGAACGUGGUGAAAUCUGGAGAACCUCCACUUUAUAUCAGUAGGUCCCUGACUGGUUAUGGCCAAGAUCGUGGAGGAUUGCGUACCGUCUUCAAGAAUCCUAGCUCACAUGCCGUGCGGGCCAUAUACUUCGAGUCAUUGCCAUGGUUUAUGAGAGUCUACCUUUCCACUUUGAAGCUAGAGCCAGGAGCUAAUUUUCAUGAGAAUUUGACGUUAGAAAAUGUCAUGAAUUCAACUUAUUAUCUGCCAGCGGUCGAUCGUGCGCGACCAACGCAUCUGGAAUACACUAUAACGGUGCCUGCAAACACCUCGUUUGCUAUUUCGUAUCAGUUCGACAAGUCGCUGCUGCAGUAUGCUGAAUAUCCGCCAGACGCCAACCAUGGCUUCGAGAUUGAAGCGGCUGUGAUCACUGUGAUAGAACCCAGUCGGUACCAAAUGAGGACAGCUCCGCUCCUAUUACUCCUCUCGACGCCGGAUUUCAGCAUGCCCUACAAUGUCAUCAUUCUUACAUCGACCGUCAUUGGGCUCAUUUUUGGUACACUAUUCAAUUUGCUAGUCAAGAGAUUAGUACCUGUUGAAGUGGCGGAUAAGAUCGAGGCUACUUCGGGAUUGAAACACAAAGUCAGGAAUCUCAGAGCAAUAUUAUUGGCAAAGCUCAAAAGACCCACCAGCUGA